GACCUGCACCCCUCCCUCUCCUCCUUCCCCGCUCGCGCGCGCCUGUACAGGCACACAUCCACGCACCCGCCGUCCCCUCUCCCUCCCUCCCUCCCUCUCCAGUCAACCAUGAGCUCGGACCAUGAUCGUUACCACCACCGCCGGACGCUGACCCUGGAGCAGCGCGCGGCACGGUGUCCCAAUCCCGCUGGCCGGCGGCUGCUAGAGAUCAUCUCCCGCAAGCGCACGAACUUGUGCAUCUCGCUGGACAUGACCGAUUCGGCGGAGAUCUUGUCCACCGCUCGCCUGGUGGCCCCGUAUGUGUGCCUGUUCAAGACCCAUGUGGACAUUGUGGCCGACUUCAGCCAGGACUUUGUCGCCGAGUUGACCGCCAUCGCCGAGGAGCACGAUGUGCUGAUCUUCGAGGAUCGGAAAUUCGCCGACAUCGGCAACACCGCCCGCCUGCAAUACGAGGCCGGCAUGUACCGCAUCGCCGAGUGGUCGCACUUCACCAACGCCCAUGUUGUCAGCGGUCCUGGGGUGGUGGACGGUCUGCGCGGGGCGGCCGAGCGCCUUGGCCGGGGCCUGCUCCUGCUGGCGGAGAUGAGCAGCGCUGGCUCCCUCGUCACGGGUCCCGUCACCGAGCUGGCCGUGGAGCUGGCCGCGCGUGAGCCGGCCCUCAUUACCGGGCUGAUUGCCGGGGGGGCUUUGCUGCCGGAUACGGCCGACGUGAUCACCAUGUCGCCCGGGGUGUCGCUCGCCGGCGAGGACAGCCCCACCGCCCGGCCGGCCGCCGGCGACAGCUUCGGCCAGCAGUAUGUCACCCCUCGCCGGGCCAUCAUGGACCGUGGGACCGAUGUGGUGAUUGUCGGCCGGGCCAUCAUCGGCGCGGCGGAUCCCGUUGCCGCGGCCAAGCUCCAUCAGACCGCCGCGUGGCAGGCGUACGAACAGAGUGUCGCGCACCUCCAGCAGGCGUGAGCGCGCAUCGCGUGGCGCCCCGCCAGGCGGAGGCCCGAGGCGUGGACCCGCACCCGAGACGCCGGAUAUGUGCGCAUCUUUGCAUGUGCCCCACGGAAAGAAGCUCAACACGAAUUCCCACCGAG